GCAGCGGGUGCGGGCAGCGCCAGGGCGGGCGCCUAACAUGAGGCGGCGGCCGCUCCCCCCCCUCCCCGGCAGCUGAGCGUGUGCGCUCCGGGUUUUCCCGAGCGGCACACGGGGAUCCGGGGAAUUUUGCCACCGCGGGCGUGUUUCGGUAGUCGACGUUGCCGCCGCCGGACGGUUUCUCCUUCAGCUCCGGCGUCGCUGUCCUGUGGGCAGAUAUUAAGGCUUUAAGAGGCUUGACUCGGUAAGGCUCGCAUCCAAGGGCAUCAGUCAUUAACGCGCUGAGCUGCAUCUGCUUCUUGGCUAAGACCGGAGAAGGACAUCUUAAGCUGGAAAUCCUGCCCGCUCGCCCUGCGCUGCUGCCGGCGGGGCAGCACACGCAGCAGCAGGUUCCUGGGGGGCUCGGGGAUGCAGUGACGGGGAAACGGAGCACAAGUCUGCCGCUGCUGCUGCCAGGGGGAAAACCCGGCCGGAGAAACGAAGGAGCGAGCUAAACAGCAGCAGAAAUAGGAAGGAGGACAGUGGCGAAGAACUGAGAAUAAAUUCAGAGGAAACAGGUGGAAGGCUGGCACAAAGCUGCGAGAUAUUUUAGGCUGAAAGACUUUAUUUUUUUUUUUUAAUUCUGAGCUGGUUUUGGAGAUCCCUGCAGUCAACCAGGCUGCUCUAGUAUAGCAGCUUUCCAACUGUGCCCUUUUCUCUCUCCCUGCCUGCUGUCUCCACCGUUGCUGCUGCUGACAGAAACGUGUUAGGAAAGCAGAAAGAGAAAAUGCCAGCCAUCCUGGUAGCCUCCAAAAUGAAAUCGGGACUACCUAAACCCGUCCACAGCGCUGCUCCGAUCCUGCACGUCCCGACGGCCAGGACCAUCCCACAACCCUGUUACCUGAAGUUUGGGAACAAGGUGGAGGUGACGAAGCCAUCGUAUUCCAGCCAGAUUCCUCUCAAGUCUCCUAACGGACAAGAAAAUGCAGGAGACGGACUCCCACCAAGGAAGAGUAGCUCGGUAGAAAAUGGAUUUGACACACAGAUUUAUACGGAUUGGGCUAAUCACUAUCUAGCAAAAUCUGGCCACAAGAGAUUGAUUAAAGAUCUACAGCAAGAUGUGACAGAUGGAGUCUUAUUAGCUGAAAUAAUCCAGGUUGUAGCAAAUGAAAAGAUUGAAGACAUCAAUGGAUGCCCAAAAAAUAGAUCGCAAAUGAUUGAAAACAUAGAUGCAUGCCUGAGUUUCUUGGCUGCUAAGGGAAUUAACAUACAGGGGCUGUCAGCAGAAGAAAUCAGGAAUGGGAAUCUAAAGGCCAUCUUGGGCCUUUUCUUCAGUUUGUCUCGAUACAAGCAACAGCAACAGCAGCCACAGAAACAGCAACCACAACACCAUCCAUCCCAGCAACCUCCCCCAGUGUCCCAGCAAACAGGGCCUCCAUCUCAGUGCCAGGUCGGGCUACAGCAACAGCAGCAACAGGUGCCAGCUUCACUCCAAACUCAGUGCCAACAGCCCCAGCAAGCUGCACAACAUCAGAUAAAAGCACAACCAGAAAUGCAGUCAAGUGCAUCUCCCAGGGACUCAUCUCAAAGCAAAAUCAUCCGAUUCACUCUUGGUCAGAAAAAGUCUUCUAGGCUUCCAGGCCCUACCACGAGGGUGUCCGCUGCAGGCAGCGAGACCAAGACUCGUGGUUCUAUUAGUGCCAACAAUCGACGCAGCCAGAGCUUUAACAAUUACGACAAGUCUAAGCCUGGAAUUCUCCCCCCAACACCAACAGGUAGCAAUGAAAAAGAGCCUGCAGACAGUACCGCCUUCCAGCCCACAGGAAUGAAUGAAAAUGUAUCAUCCUCAGUUCAAAGCUGCAGCAGUACUGUUAGUUGCAAUAACUCAUCAGCCAUCCCUCAGCCCAGCUCUGCUAUUAAACCUUGGCGCAGCAAAUCCCUCAGUGCUAAGCACACAGCUACGUCUUCCAUGUUAUCCGUAAAGCAGCCAGUACCAGAGCCUCCAAAGCCACCGUCAGAGAUUAUCAAAACAACUCCCAAUGGCCAAAAAUCCAUGCUUGAAAAAUUGAAACUCUUCAAUAGCAAAGGAGGCUCCAAAGCAGGAGGGACAACGCUCGAGUGUUCAGGGUCUCGGGACAACAGUUGUGAAAGGCUAGAGACACUUCCCAGCUUUGAGGAAAGCGAGGAAAUUGAUGCCGCAAAUCAGAAUGUGAACAAUCCAGGAUCUAUGUCCAGUAGUCCCAAAAUUGCACUCAAGGGAAUUGCACAAAGAACUUUUAGCCGGGCACUGACUAAUAAGAAAAGUUCUCCCAAGGGUAAUGAGAAGGAUAAAGAGAAACAGAAAGAGAAGGAAAAGGAUAAAAGUAAAGACGUUGCAAAAAGAACAUCUAUCACUGAAAAGCUGGACAUGAAAGAGGAACCAAAAGAAGAACAGACAGCGCUAGCAACAACAGAGAUGCCAAAAAAGUCCUCAAAGAUUGCAAGCUUUAUCCCUAAAGGAGGAAAGCUGAAUAGCGCCAAGAAGGAGGCCUCUGCCCCUUCGCACAGUGGAAUACCAAAACCAGGAAUGAAAAACACCACAGGGAAAUCCUCAAGUGCCCCAGUUUCUGCAAAAGAGAGUGAGAGAAGCCGCAGCGGGAAACCUGGCUCAGGGCUCUCGCAUCAGAAGUCUCAGCUAGACAGCAGGAAUUCCAGUUCCUCUUCAAGCUUAGCCUCUUCUGAAGGAAAAGGUAUAGGAGGCCUCAACAGCAGCAACAGCAGCCAGUCUGUCAAUGGACCAGCCGCUACGACACACACGACAGGAAGCAAUACUGUGAGUGUUCAGCUACCUCAUCCCCAACAGCAAUACAGCCACCCGAACACUGCCACAGUAGCUCCGUUCAUGUACAGAUCACAGACAGACAAUGAAGGGAACGUAACAGCUGAGGCCAGCACAGGAGGGGUCGGCAUGGAUUCUGCUCUUUAUGUCAAAACUGGACAGCCUGCUCUUGAAGACCUCUCAGGAGAGGAUCCAGAAACUCGACGAUUAAGAACUGUGAAAAACAUUGCCGAUCUUCGACAGAACUUAGAGGAAACAAUGUCCAGUUUACGGGGAACCCAGGUCACUCACAGCACAUUGGAAACUACAUUUGACACCAAUGUCACUACCGAGAUAAGUGGUCGCAGCAUUCUCAGCUUGACAGGACGACCGACCCCCUUAUCGUGGAGACUGGGGCAGUCCAGUCCCCGCCUGCAGGCAGGUGAUGCUCCGUCAAUGGGAAACGGGUAUCCUCCGAGAGGGAACGCCAGCCGCUUCAUUAACACGGAGUCAGGACGUUACAUGUAUUCAGCACCUUUGCGGAGACAGCUAGCGUCCCGCGGUAGUAAUGUCUGCCAUGCGGACAUCUCAGACAAGGGAAGUGACGAAAUAGAUCUGGAAGGCAUCACCAUGGAUGCCACCGGCUAUAUGAGCGAUGGAGAUGUUCUGGGCAAGAAUAUCAGGACUGACGACAUCACAAGUGGGUACAUGACAGAUGGUGGGUUGGGCCUCUACACGCGAAGGCUAAACCGGCUGCCUGAUGGCAUGGCUGCAGUGCGGGAGACAAUGCAGCGUAACACUUCUCUGGGACUGGGAGAUGCUGACAGCUGGGAUGACAGCAGCUCUGUCAGCAGUGGGAUCAGUGACACCAUAGAUAAUCUUAGUACUGAUGACAUUAACACCAGCUCUUCUAUCAGCUCUUAUGCCAACACACCUGCCUCUUCUCGCAAAAACUUAGAUGCACAGACUGAUGCAGAAAAGCAUUCCCAGGUUGAGCGGAAUUCCUUAUGGUCGAGUGAUGAAGUCAAGAAAUCAGAUGGAGGAUCUGACAGUGGCAUAAAAAUGGAGCCAGGAUCUAAAUGGAGGAGGAAUCCCUCUGAUGUGUCUGAUGAAUCUGAUAAAAGCACUUCUGGUAGGAAGAACACUGUUAUUUCACAGACGGGUUCCUGGCGACGGGGCAUGUCAGCUCAGGUUGGCAUUACCACACCAAGGACUAAACCUUCUACCACCUCAGGCACAUUAAAGACACCUGGAACAGGGAAAACUGAUGACGCCAAGGUAUCAGAAAAGGGUAGACUAUCUCCUAAAGCUGGACAUGUUAAACGUUCCCCAUCAGAUGCAGGACGCAGCAGUGGUGAUGAAUCCAAAAAGCUUCCCACAAGUAACUCUAGAACAACUGCUGCUAAUGCUAAUACAUUUGGAUUUAAGAAACAGAGCGGGUCAGCUGUAGGCAUGACUAUAAUCACUGCCAGUGGGGCAACUAUCACCAGUAGAUCAGCUACCCUGGGAAAAAUCCCAAAGUCAUCUGGACUCAUGGGUAGGACCACUGGUCGGAAGACUAGUGUUGAUGGCUCUCAGAACCAGGAUGAUGGCUACUUAGCACUUAGUGCCCGAACUAAUCUUCAGUAUCGUAGUUUGCCCCGGCCUAGUAAAUCCAGUAGCAGAAGUGGAGCUGGGAAUAGAUCUAGUACAAGUAGCAUAGACUCCAACGUAAGCAGCAAGUCGGCUGGGUUGCCUGUCCCUAAAAUGAGAGAGCCUGCCAAGGUAAUUCUUGGAAGCUCUCUGCCAGGAUUAGUCAAUCAGACUGAUAAAGAGAAAGGGAUUUCGUCUGACAACGAAAGCGUGGCCUCAUGUAAUUCUGUUAAAGUGAACCCUGCAUCACAGACUGCUUCUAGUGGAGCUCAAAGUUCUCACCAGCAAGGAGCCAAGUACCCCGAUGUGGCCUCUCCCACUUUGCGCAGACUUUUUGGUGGAAAACCUAGUAAGCAAGUUCCCAUCACAACAGCCGAAAAUAUGAAAAAUUCAGUAGUUAUAUCCAAUCCUCAUGCUACCAUGAACCAGCAGGGUAAUCUUGAUUCACCAUCUGGCAGUGGUAUGCUAAGCAGUGGGGGCAGCAGUCCUCUGUAUGGUAAAACCACAGAUAUGAACCAAUCUCCACUAGCUUCUAGUCCCAGUUCAGCGCAUUCAGCUCCUUCCAACAGUUUAACAUGGGGUACCAACGCAAGUAGUUCUUCCGCUGUUAGCAAGGAUGGCAUUGGAUAUCAGUCUGUCAGCAGUCUUCAUACCAGCUGUGAAUCCAUUGAUAUCUCUCUGAGCAGUGGAGGUGGGCUGAGCCAUAACUCCUCCAGUGGCUUGAUUUCAACCUCUAAAGAUGAUUCUCUGACUCCCUUUGUCCGAACCAACAGUGUUAAGACUACAUUGUCCGAAAGCCCUCUUUCCUCCCCUGCUGCUAGUCCCAAAUUCUGCAGAAAUACUUUGCCCAGGAGACAGGACAGCGACCCACAUCUUGAUAGGAACACUUUGCCUAAGAAGGGACUCAGGUAUACUCCUUCCACCCAACUUCGUAGCCAAGAAGAAGCAAAAGAAUGGCUACGGUCACAUUCAGCAGGAGGACUUCAGGAUACUGCUGGCAAUUCUCCAUUUUCAUCUGGAUCCAGCAUAACGUCACCUUCUGGAACUAGAUUUAACUUCUCCCAGCUUGCAAGCCCAACCACUGCAGCCCAGAUGAGCCUUUCAAAUCCAACCAUGCUACGGACACACAGCCUUUCCAAUGCAGAUGGUCCUUAUGACCCCUAUAGUGACACACGCUUCAGGAACAGCUCAAUGUCCCUGGAUGAGAAAAGCAGAACAAUGAGCCGGUCUGGCUCGUUCCGUGAUGGCUUUGAAGAAGUGCAUGGUUCGUCUCUCUCUUUGGUGUCCAGUACAUCAUCUAUUUAUUCAACACCUGAAGAGAAAUGCCAGUCAGAGAUCCGCAAGCUACGAAGAGAAUUGGAUGCAUCCCAAGAAAAAGUUUCGGCUCUGACAACACAGUUGACUGCCAAUGCACACCUUGUGGCAGCAUUUGAGCAGAGUCUGGGAAACAUGACGAUCAGACUGCAGAGCCUAACCAUGACAGCUGAACAAAAGGACUCCGAACUGAAUGAGUUAAGGAAGACUAUUGAACUGCUGAAGAAGCAAAAUGCUGCUGCCCAGGCUGCCAUUAAUGGAGUCAUCAACACACCUGAGCUCAACUGCAAAGGAACUGGAGCUGCUCAACCCACAGACCUGCGGAUCCGAAGGCAGCACUCUUCGGAUAGUGUCUCUAGCAUUAACAGUGCUACCAGUCACUCCAGUGUGGGAAGCAACAUAGAGAGUGAUUCAAAGAAAAAGAAGAGGAAGAACUGGGUCAAUGAGUUACGCAGCUCCUUCAAGCAAGCUUUUGGUAAAAAGAAAUCUCCCAAGUCAGCAUCUUCUCAUUCAGAUAUUGAGGAGAUGACUGAUUCUUCAUUACCUUCAUCACCAAAGUUACCGCACCAUAACUCUACUACUUCAACACCAUUGUUGAGAGCCUCCCAUUCCAAUUCUCUAAUUUCUGAAUGCACAGACAGUGAAGCUGAAACAGUCAUGCAGUUACGAAAUGAACUGAGGGACAAGGAAAUGAAGUUAACUGAUAUUCGUUUAGAAGCCCUUAGCUCCGCUCAUCAACUUGACCAGCUGCGGGAGGCGAUGAACAGAAUGCAGAGUGAGAUUGAAAAAUUAAAAGCAGAAAAUGAUCGGCUGAAAUCUGAAAACCACGGCAGCUGUAGCAGGGCUCAGUCUCAGGUUUCCAUUUCAUCCUCUCCAAGACAUUCAGUGGGUCUCUCUCAACACAGUUUGAACCUCACGGAGUCAACCAGUCUCGACAUGCUGUUAGAUGACACUGGCGAUGGCUCUGCCCGGAAAGAAGGAGGCAGGCAUGUCAAAAUAGUUGUCAACUUUCAGGACGAAAUGAAAUGGAAGGAGGAUUCAAGGCCUCGCACCUUCCUCAUAGGCUGCAUUGGAGUCAGUGGCAAGACCAAAUGGGAUGUUCUGGAUGGUGUGGUUAGGCGGUUGUUUAAGGAAUACAUCAUUCAUGUGGAUCCAGUGAGUCAGCUGGGACUGAAUUCAGACAGUGUUCUGGGCUAUAGCAUUGGAGAAAUCAAACGCACAAAUAGCGCAGAGACACCCGAGCUGUUGCCCUGUGGCUAUCUAGUUGGAGAAAACAAUACGAUUUCGGUUACCAUCAAAGGUAUCUGUGAGAACAGUUUGGACUGUCUUGUGUUUGAAUCACUGAUCCCCAAGCCUAUACUGCAGCGCUAUGUCUCUCUCUUGAUGGAACACCGACGGAUUAUCUUGUCUGGCCCUAGUGGCACUGGUAAAACAUAUCUAGCAAACCGUCUGUCUGAGUAUAUGGUCCUUAGAGAGGGCAGGGAGUUGGCUGAUGGAAUUAUUGCAACCUUCAAUGUGGACCAUAAAUCCAGCAAGGAACUCCGCCAAUACCUGUCCAACCUAGCAGACCAGUGUAAUAGUGAAAAUAAUGCUGUGGAUAUGCCUCUUGUAAUCAUUUUGGAUAAUUUGCAUCACGUUAGCUCCCUAGGAGAAAUUUUUAAUGGACUUCUAAACUGCAAGUACCACAAAUGUCCGUAUAUUAUUGGCACAAUGAACCAAGCCACCUCCUCAACACCUAAUCUUCAACUUCAUCAUAAUUUCAGAUGGGUGCUAUGUGCUAACCACACUGAGCCAGUCAAAGGCUUUCUCGGCCGUUUCCUGAGGAGAAAGCUAAUUGAAACAGAGAUCAGUGGCAGGAUGAGAAAUGCAGAGCUGGUUAAAAUUAUUGAUUGGAUUCCCAAGGUCUGGCAACAUCUGAACAAGUUCUUGGAGGCUCACAGCUCCUCUGAUGUUACUAUUGGUCCACGGCUCUUCCUCUCUUGUCCAAUAGAUGUAGAUGGUUCAAGAGUUUGGUUUACUGACCUGUGGAACUACUCCAUCAUCCCAUACCUUCUGGAGGCAGUUAGAGAAGGGCUACAGUUGUAUGGGAGGAGAGCUCCCUGGGAGGAUCCUGCCAAAUGGGUAAUGGACACGUACCCCUGGGCGGCCACCCCACAGCACCAUGAGUGGCCUCCUCUGCUACAGCUGCGGCCUGAAGAUGUGGGGUUUGAUGGCUACUCCAUGUCACGGGAAGGUUCAACCAGCAAACAAGUUCCAGUGAGUGAUGCCGAAGGAGAUCCUUUGAUGAACAUGCUAAUGAGACUGCAAGAAGCAGCCAACUACUCAAGUCCCCAGAGUUACGACAGUGACUCUAACAGCAACAGCCAUCACGAUGACAUCCUUGAUUCAUCUCUGGAGUCAACAUUGUGAUCUUCGGUAGAUAGAAAUAGGUUGUUUCUAUGAUUGCUCUCCCACUCGACAAGAGUCCUGAUCACAAACUCACGAGAAGAACAUGUUCCUGGGCUGGGCUGGUAUCUCAGUAUUAGAGCUGCAAGAACAAGAAGACACUUUGAGUCAGUCUUGAACCUGGGUGCAGGCAACCCAAGCAACGUUUGUUUUGUUUUUCUUUUUACAGUGAUAAGAACUGCACUAUUUCUUUGUUUUCUUCUGUUUAGUUGCUGUAAGCUCUCAUGCCUAAGAUUCUGAAGAUGUUAAAAUCAUUGUUACUAAAAGGAAAAAAAAAAGUUAAAGGAGGGGGGAACUUCACAGCUAUGAAGCAAACAGCUUUGUGCCAUGUACUGUCCAGAGGAGAGAGGAGAGGAAAUUUUUGCCUAUGCUGCUUCUGACCAAACCACAUUUAGGUGAGGGCUGGACUUUUACCAAUCAGCUUUGCAGAUUAAGCUCAGCUUUGUAUAGUUCUGGUGCUAUAACAAUAUUGCUUGCCUUGGUAGUAAUACUCCAUAAAGGCAAAGCUGCAAAACAGGGAAGUUUGAAUAAAUAUAGUAGAAAAGAGAAGAAAAAAAAAAGAAAAGUAAAAGCGCUGCUCUCCUUGCCAGUCUGAGACCUUGGCUUUCUUUCAUUGUGUGUUUGUAAAGAUAUACAUAUAUAUAAAUAGGAGUAUA